AUGAGAAAACAAGAAGAAGAAAAGAAGCGCGCUGAAGAAAGAGCUAAAAUGCUUGACGCUAUGGAUGAAGAAUUCGGUGUAAACAGCAUUAUUGCUGAAGAAAAAGCGAAACAAGCCAAGAAAAAGGAGAGGAAGCAAACCAAGGGAGAAAAAAAUCCAUACACUGCUGGUCUGGUGGUUGGUCACUCGAAAGAGGCAUUCACUGGAGUGUCAGAUCAAAUUCUCGUCCUCGACGACAAAAGUGUUCUUGAUGAUGGUGAGGAGGUUCUUGUCAAUCCUAACUUGAUCGAUAAUGAAAAAUAUGCCAGAAAUAGGGAGCUCAAAAAGCGCAAAGAGCUACAAAAAGGUUUCGACGAUGUGGACGAGUUUGGAAAUGUAAGUGUGUUUUGCUUUUUCACAAUAAAUGAGUGA